AUGAACAACCCAGAAGAACCAGAAGCAACCCAGAGCAAGAUUGUCAUCUUACCAAGGGAUGGAUUGGUUGAAUUACGUGAUGUGCAAGAUGAUUGGACUGGCGUGACCAGCUGGCAGGAGAGGAGAAAACGACAGAAUCGUCUGAGCCAAAGAGCCCGUCGACGAAGACUGAAGAACCCCAAUGACACUUCUAACUCGCAGGUGGCCAGCCUGGAGGACAAUAACCUUGAGGAUCAAGAACUCGGCGACGGUCAUCUACUCUUGCGUAGUCCUGCUCAUAUUCAAAUUGCUCGAAACUGGCAGGCUCACGCUUAUGGACAUUACUUGGUCAGGUCCCCCAGUCCAACACUACUUCAGACCUUGAUCCGGGUUAAUGCGCUUAAUGCAAUUGCUCGAAAUGCUCAGAAGAUUGGCAUCCCUGUCUAUGCUUUAUGUCGAGAUGAAGCAGUAUCUCCUUUUAGUCUUCCAGGCCCACUACCUGUGGUGCCUACUGUUGCAAUAAGUCCCGGAAUGUUACGUCCAACAGAAUUGCAAAAGACAACAGUUCAUCACCCAUGGAUAGAUGUCUUACCCCUCCCCCGUCUACGAGACAACAUCAUCCGGGCCUUAGCUAUUGAAUGGUUCGACGAAGAUGAAAUCUGCUUAGAGGCAUUUCACCCUUUUGACCAAUGCGAGUCAGAGCAGAAACCGGCGCUACUGAUUUGGGGCGAGGCCGAUAAUAUUCGCGGCUGGGAAGCUAAUAUCCCCUUCUUACGGAAAUGGGGAUGGCUACUUGCAGGGUGUGAUGAGUUGUUUGAGUCGACAAAUGCUUGGCGUAUGCAACGUGGGGAGAAGGCAUUAAAUUUUGUAGUAGUUGUUCAUUGA